AAUAUUAAAUUUAUUUUCUAAAAUAGAUAAUCUUUAUACUUAUAAAGAGGUAUUUAUACUUAUUUUCACCUAAUAUUUUUAGUUUUAACUUCUUAUGCCCUAAAAGCUGUAUGUAUUGUCUGUUUAUAACAAAGGGAAGUUGGGAAUUGAAACAUAAAACAAUAUUCAUUUUUAAGUAUUAGAAGUGGAUUCAUUGAAUUGAUAUGAACUAGUCACAUAACAAUUGAUUAAAUCAUAUUAAAUCAUCAUCUGAAAUUGACUUGAUUAGUUGAAUAAUUGGACUCUAUUUAUAGUAAUAUUAUGCAUUUAAAUCAAUAAUAUUCAAUAAAGAUUAGUAUAGAAUAAAAAUGUGCUUCAAUUAGAUUGCACUAGACUAAUACUCCCUUAGUCUUAUGCGAAUUUUUUUUAGAAAAUUUAUCCAGAAUAAUUUUAACUAUUGCCUAUUUUCUGUGAAUAAUCGCUACUAUUGAUUAUUUUUAAAUAAUCUAACCUUUGUAUUAUAUUUUCUGACAGCACCCUGUUCAUAUUUCAUCCGGCAAUUAUAGAUACCUACCACAAUAUGGGAGUACGGUUAGACCAACGAAGAACCAUAAGGGGAAAAAAAGUUGCGGCAAUAUAACGGAACAGAGGGAACAGAGGGAGUAAUUGACAUUUUGGAACGAGGUAAGAGACAGACAGGUUACACGAGCAGCAUACAUCCCAUACGUAAACUACAGUAGAUAGAACAGGCCUACAUCAGCCCAAAACGACUGAUUAUUGAUACUUCUAAAAUGCUACAGAAACUAAAGCAAUCCGCCAUAGUUGCUGAUCACAUAAUUUCUUUGUACAGCAAAACCCCAUUCUCCCGCCAAUUUUUUCAACUAAAUUUCCCGCCUUACCAAUCAAAGUUAAGGACUUUAUGCUCCAACGGUCAACUACCACAGGCCUUGCUAGAAAUGGCUAAUCAAGGUUUAAAAAUGCAGUUUGAAGGAUAUGAUUCCAUCUUGAAUGAGUGUGCCAAUAGAAAGGCUCUUAAAGAAGGUCAAAGAGUACAUGCUCACAUAAUUAAAACUCAAUAUCUUUCUCCAGUAUACCUCAGUACUAAGCUGAUUAUCUUGUAUUGUAAAUGUGGGUGUUUAUUUGAUGCACGUAAUGUAUUCGAUGAAAUGCCUGAACGAAAUGUGGUGUCUUGGACUGCAAUGAUUUCUGGGUAUUCAAAGGAAGGGUUUUGUUUUGAAGCUCUGAUGCUUUUUGUACAGAUGUUGAGAUCAGGUACAGAACCAAAUGAGUUUACGUUUGCCACAAUUCUGCCUUCAUGUACAGGUGAUUAUGGGUUUGAUUGUGGAAGACAGAUCCACUCUCUAAUAAUAAUGCUCAACUAUGACUCUCACAUAUUUGUUGGAAGUUCACUUCUUGACAUGUAUGCUAAGGCCGGAAGAAUCCAUGAAGCUCGAUUAAUUUUUGAUAGUUUAAUUCAGAGAGAUGUUGUCUCCUGUACUGCCAUGAUUGCAGGGUAUGCCCAACUGGGUUUUGAUGAAGAGGCGGUGGCAUUGUUUCGUAAGCUACUGAAAGACGGGUUGAGUUCAAAUUAUGUUACUUACGCUAAUCUUUUAACCGCAUUAUCUGGACUUGCCGCUCUAGAUCAUGGCAAGCAGGUGCAUAAUCAAAUUUUGAGAAGGAAGCUUCCCUCUUAUGUGGUUCUGCACAACUCAAUGAUCGAUAUGUAUGCAAAAUGUGGGAACCUUGUAUAUGCUAGAAGAGUUUUUGAUGACAUGCCUGAGAAAACUGUAAUCUCCUGGAAUGCUAUGCUUGUGGGUUACUGUAAACAUGGCAUGGGAACAAAGGUGAUUGAGCUUUUCGAAUUGAUGAAAGCCGAUGGGAAAGUCAAACCUGACAGGGUAACUUUCUUGGCUGUUUUGUCGGGUUGCAGUCAUGGCGGGAUGGAAGACACUGGACUGCAAAUUUUCGGUCAGAUGGUGGCACGGAAAGAGGGGAUUGAGCCAAACUUGGAGCAUUAUGGGUGUGUUGUUGAUUUGCUUGGACGUUCUGGGAGACUAGAGAAGGCUUUGAAAUUGAUCAAACAAAUGCCUUUUAAGCCAACAGCUGCCAUCUGGGGAUCUCUUUUGGGUUCUUGUAGUGUUCAUUCGAAUAUUGAUGUAGGAGAAUAUGUGGGUCGUCAACUUCUGGAAAUAGAACCCGAAAAUGCUGGAAAUUAUGUCAUUUUGUCGAAUUUAUAUGCCUCUGCAGGGCGAUGGGAAGAGGUGAAAAAGCUAAGGGAAAUGAUGAAAGCUAAGGCUGUGAUUAAGGAGCCAGGAAGAAGCUGGAUUGAGCUUGAUAAGACUCUUCACACUUUCCAUGCUAGUGACCGAUCCCAUCCUUCGAAAGAUGAAGUGCAUAAGAAAGUAAAGGAAUUGGCAGUUCGAUUAAAGGAAGCAGGCUAUGAACCCGAUCUUAGUUGUGUCUUAUACGAUGUUGACGAGGAGCAGAAGGAGAAGAUACUUCUGGGACAUAGUGAAAAACUGGCUUUAGCCUUCGGACUUUUUAACACUUCCGAAGGAACCCCACUUAGAGUAAUCAAAAACCUUAGGAUAUGUGUUGAUUGCCACAAUUUUGUGAAAAUUGUCUCAAAACUUUAUGGGAGAGAAAUCUCUUUAAGAGAUAAAAACCGCUUUCAUCAUAUAAAAGGUGGCGUUUGUUCUUGUGCUGAUUAUUGGUGAUGUCCUGACUCCUGCUUACAGGAAUCACAUGAUUGACUAAAGGCCAGCUGACUGCCCGCAUGUAAUCAUCGAAGACUAGCAGGCAGUUCGUAUUGAGUUUGAAUAAAGCUGAAUUCCAUCAUCAUCAUCUUCAUAACCAAUAUAUCUUGCUCAUAAAAUUUUUAUCAGGGUUUGGGGAGGAUUGGAUGACGGCAGACCACACCCUCAUCAAUGGAGAUAAGGAGAUUGCGGCCAGUCUAAGACCCACGAAAAUGUUGCUGAAUUCGGAGUGCUGAAAUAUUCUACUGGGAAUCGAUCUUUCUGUUGGAUCACUAGAACAAGAUAUUUGAUAUUUGAAGUUGGCAUUGCAUCUACAGCUCAGUUAAAUAUUUGAGGAGUGAGUGCAAAUACAUGGUGCAAGCACAUGAUACCUUUUGAUCCAAAUGUGGAUAUUAUGGGGAAAAGAUUAGUAGACUUCGUCAACUUCAGGAUUUGUGAGUACCUUGGCUGCUUUACUUGCAGACUGGUAGCAUUAAACUGUAGCUGCCUGCUCUUGGAUAGCAUCAAGCAUCUUUGUAUACAACUUGGUGGCAAUUUCACUCAUAAUGCAAAAUUUUGAUGCAAUAAUGGGAUAUUGCGGUUGUCGUAUAGCUAAAAGUGUUACCUGAAAAAUCGACCUAAAACGUAAGUUUCUUUAUACCUUUACGAUGUCAUGGUAUUGAUUUGGUAAAUUUAAAAAUCUUACGAUUCGGGGAUUAUAAAAUGCAUGCGUGUUUUUACACCAUGAUUUGACUUUCAAACUGGUGAAAGAUAAACCAUGAAAUAACUAACAUUGCCAAAUAUAUACAAUCUUUCAUUUCUUUUUACCGAAUUUACAAGUUGCAACUCACUUUCAUGACACACACUUCAAAAAAAAUAGAUAGUGUAAAUGAACAUACUAAAACUUAUAACCUUUAUUUAGAGAAAGAUUAGGUUAUUAGUGUAAAUAUAUUUAAUUAAUUAGUUAUUUACCACGUAUGAUCUCUUCGUCAACGUGAGUGUCUAAAUGUUGAGUUGCAAGUAUAAUGAUACGGAGAAUAAUAUAUUUUCUUUAGUAAACAUCAUGACCCUUGUGAUAUAAUCUAAUCUAAUCUAUUUACUGAUAACAAAGACCAAUAAUAUUGCUUUAUUUAGCUUUUAGAAGAGAAUCACAUUUUAUUGUAAUCGAAGCAAAUACCAUCUUUUUAUAAUUUUGAGCCUCAUCUAACCCUUUCCUAAGUUAAACGUGUAACCAAAACAAAAAAAAAAUUAUGGGAUUAACAUAACGUUUUUCUUUAAUAAAAAAUUUAUAAAGGAGUGGAGUCAAGGAGCUCCUCCAAUAGUCACAUCCUCAUCCAAUCAUCUUAAGAAUAAAACGACACCGUAUUAAAAAAUCCACAGGCAAAAACAUGAAAUAACACCUGCUAAAAUAGUAACCUACAAACAGAUCUCAUUCCCUUUCCCCCAAUUCAACCCAAAAAUGGUGGCGAACCCGAAACCCUUAGCGACAGCCGCCGGUACAAUCCGAUCCAGAUUGAUCCAAACCCUCCGAACCCGCGGCGGAGGAACCACCAACAGAUGGACUAGCCCAGGUCACCAAGAUCGACCCAAUGGCUACCUUUUCAAUCGAACUCCAACUCCACCUGGUCAAUCUCGCAAAUGGGAAGACUGGGAAUUACCAUGUUACAUCACAAGCUUCCUCACCAUUGUUAUCCUUGGUGUUGGGCUUAAUGCUAAGCCCGAUCUUACUCUUGAGACUUGGGCCCAUCAGAAAGCCCUUGAGCGUCUUCAAGCCCAGCAGAUUUCUGAUUCCUCUGAGUAACUUCAAACCCUUUUAGAAUAAUCUUUGUUUUCGACUGAUAAACGGAUGUGUUUAGUUUAAUUUUUGUUAUUGUUGAUAUAUGACGGGGUUGUAGUGGAAGAAAAAAAAUAAGGGUUUCUGAACAAUUGACCCUUUUUUAAAAGAGUCUUGUUUAAAGUAUAUUUUGGUAAAUGAAUUGUUUUAAUUUCUUCUUUUGGUAAUUGAUGGUUACAUCUUGAUGUU